CCCUCGAGGCGUAAUUUCCAUAAAUACGGCGCCCCUUUCUCUGAUUCAAAGGACUAUUUUUUUUUUGUUUUGAUCCGUUUACUACUUCCUUUCGCUAGUCACUCUCACAAUGCAAUUCAGGAACGUUUUGGCUGUUGCCGCCCUCGCCGGCUCCACUCUCGCUGCCAACACCAGUAACAACUCCACUUUAACCACUGCCACCCCAGCAGUCACCAAGGCUUGUUCCUUCUCAGACUUCACCGCCACUGCUUCCGAUGAAGUUGCUCAAGUCGCUGCCUGUGCCACCGCUGUUGGUGACAUCACUAUCUAUGGUCCAGCCUUCGGUAAUGUUGAAUUGACCGGUGUUGAACAAAUCUACGGUUCUCUUGACAUUAUUAACGCUACCCAAGCCGUCGUCUUGAACGCUCCAACUCUUCAACUUGUCUCUGGUACUUUGAACCUUGACGGUAACACCAUUUUGGCCACUUUGAACUUGGCUCAAUUGACCACUGUUGGUACUCUUGUUCUUAACGCUUUACCAGCUUUGGAAAAGACUGGUUUAACUGCCGGUAUCACCUCCGCUGAAAACAUUACCGUUUCCGACACUGCUUUGAUCUCUUUGGAAGGUAUCAAUGUUUACGAAUUGGCUAUUUUCAACGUUAACAACAACAAGGACAUUGAAACUAUUGACUCUGGUCUUCAAUCCGUCACUAACUUGAUCUCCAUUUCUUACAACGCCGAAAAGGUUGAUGUUUCAUUGGACAAGUUGACUACCGCUAACCAAGUUUACUUCCAAUCCAUUAACUCCCUUUCUGCUGCUAACUUGACCUCUGUUAAUGACUCUCUUACCUUGACUUCCAACUCUAUUGACAAGAUUGAAUUCAAGAAGCUUACCUCUAUCGGAAAGUCUCUUACCAUUAACAAGAACGAUAACUUGGAAGAACUUGACUUCCCAGCACUUACCAAGCUUGGUGGUGCUCUUGUCAUCCUGGACAACUCUCAAUUGUCCAACUUUGACGGUUUCCCAAACUUGACCACCAUUGCUGGUACUGUAACUUUGGAUGGUAAGUUCAACAACGGUACCUUUGACUCUUUGAACAGAGUUUCUGGUGGUUUCAACUUGACCUCUACUGGUGAAUUGUCUUGUUCUGCUUUUGACAAGGCUAACAAAUUCACUGUUGAAGGUAACGAACUCUGUUCCGGUGCUAAGGACUCUACCUCCUCUUCCGGUACCAAGAUUGCUUCCGACUCUUCCUCUGAAACUGGUUCUUCCUCUUCCUCCAGUGCCACCUCCACCCAUACUUCUUCUUCCAAGAAGAACGAUGGUAGCUCCAACGCUGCUUCUAGAUUGACUGCUCUCAUUGCUUCUUUCAUGGCCGUCGGUGUUGCCUUCUACUAGGUGCGCUAUAAAAGCUGCCAUUGCGUUGACUACUUUUUCCAAAAGGUUGGACGCUUUGGCGCCCUUUUUGUUUUCACAUUGUAACUUUUAUUUUCUCUCAUGCUAGUCUUGAAUACAUUUAAUUAUUAAUUUAUUUCCAA